AAGUGCCUAAUUGGGUUCCUCACUAAACGGGAGCAGAAACUGAUGCAUCGGCGACGGCAUGCAGAGGAGCUGCUGGAGUGGAAGCGGCGGCUCGAUGCUGAGGAAGCUGCGAUCCAGCAAUUGGAAAAUCAGGCUCUGGCUGCUUGGGACAAGGAGCUCAUGGGAAAGAGAGAGGCAAGGAAGAAGAUUCCCGAAUCGAAAGACACAGGCAGUGAGGAACAAUGUCCUGCACCACCUUGCUCCCAGCCCCACAGUGACAGUUCAAUUCCUGAGGAGGUUAGAUGUUCACCUGCUCAGACUCUGGAAUCACCAUCAGCAGCCCUUCGGAUGACCACCAUAUUUUCAUAGAUGAUGUUUAUUCCCAGGACUUUG